UUCACAUUAUUACUGCCAUGUUUUCAUUAAGACUCCCAAUUCCAUUACAGAAAACUCUAAUAACAUAUUCUACACCAAACACAACCACCUCUUAUAAUUCUAAUCAUUACUCUUAUCAAAAUUUUCUUCCAUAUUCUUCUAAACCCGUUACCAAACGCUGCACAAUCUCCAUGGCUUUUAAGCGUGAAACUUCUCCCGUAUUGGAGGCAUUGCCUGCAGAUCUGAAGGCGGAGCUGAUGCCGAAGCAUGUGGCGGUGAUAAUGGAUGGGAAUGGGAGGUGGGCAAAGAUGAAAGGGUUAUCGGCGUCUGCCGGUCACGAUGCCGGUAUGAAGUCGUUCAAAAGGAUGUUGAGGCUAUGUUAUAGUUGGGGAGUAAAGGUUCUCUCAGUUUUUGUGUUCUCUACUGAUAACUGGAAUAGGCCCAAGGUGGAAGUUGAAUUCUUGUUUGAACUCGUGGAAAGACUAAUACACUCUCAAAUUGAAGAAUGGAAAAGGGACGGAAUUAAAAUAUCUAUGAUUGGAGAUACAUCAAAGCUCCCUAGUUCUUUGCAAAGAACAAUAACUAGUGCUGAGGAGAAUACAAAGGAAAAUUCCAAAUUCCACAUUAUUAUGGCCGUUAACUAUGGUGGAAAAUCCGAUGUAGUCCAAGCAUGUAAAAGUUUAGCCAAGAAAGUGAGAAAUGAUCUUAUUCUUUUAGAAGAUAUUGAUGAAAACAUACUUGAAAAUGAAUUGGAGACAAACUGCACUGAGUUUCCUUAUCCGGAAUUACUGAUCCGGACAAGUGGAGAACUUAGAAUUAGUAAUUUUUUGUUAUGGCAAUUGGCAUAUACAGAAUUUUUCUUUAACAAAAUACUUUGGCCAGAUUUUGGGAAGGAUGAGUUUAUAGAAGCUUUAAUAUCAUUUCAACAUAGAAAGAAACGUUAUGGUGGUGGAUCUUAUUAA